AAUGGGUCGAAUCCAAAAAAUCAUUGGAAGAUUCUAAAGAAAAUGCCUUUUGGAUGAAUUUGAAAUGAAAAAACAGCGAUUGAUGAAAGAAAACAAAAAGAAACUGGAAAUAAUGCAACUAGAGUAUGAAGAGAGAAAAAAGAGGGAAGAUGAGGUUGUGGGUCUUUCAUGAUAAUUGCUAGGUUAUGCAAGGCUGCUGUUGCAACAACUACUGGCUCAAUUUUUUCU